CAUCCAGUUGCUACGCCGCAAUAAACCUCACACUUAGAAGUUCAUCUUUCUUUUGCUUGCUUCGCAGUCAUUGAGAUGCGUAAAAAAAACAACAUGACGACUGGAGCCUCUAUCUACCCAGACGAAAUGGAUCAUGGCGCCACAUCAAAUCAUAUGGGCAUCGGUCGCAUGUUGAUUAUGUGGCGACGUUCAGUUUACAAAGUCGUUUAUCAAGAACUUAUCGUCUUUCUUCUACUCUUCGAUAUUCUCAGCGUCGUCUACAGAUUCGUACUCAACGACGAUCAAAAAAAAUAUUUCGAGCAAUCGAAAGCAUUUUUUCAGUCGUACAUUGAUCACUUAUCUGUGCCAUUUCUACUUGGUUUUUACGUCACCACGGUAGCCGGUCGAUGGUGGCAGCAAUAUCUAACGAUUCCUUGGCCAGACAGAUUGAUGCUCGCUAUUCAGAUUUACAUCACCGGCGAUCAGGAAUCAGUUCGAGAAUUGAGACAGGGACUUGUCCGUCGUUCACUGCUGAUGUUGGUGCUCUUGCUACGUUCGAUAUCACCAGCUGUGCGUCGCCGCUAUCCAACUCUUCAGAGUCUCGUUCUAGAUGGUGUUAUGACUCGAAAAGAGAAGCAAUCUUUCGAAUCGAUUGCUCCAGUUGUCAAUUUGUUUUGGGUACCUGCUACUUGGUUUGCCGCAGCACUCCAGAACGCUGUCAGCGAUGGAACUCUGACCAACGAAUCCGGCACAAAACUCAUCAUGGAAGAAUUUUUAGAAUUUCGUGCCAACUGCGGUGCCCUUUGGAGCUAUAACUGGGUUAGCAUCCCAAUGAUCUAUACUCAAGUGUGUACGUUAUCCACGUAUUCCUACUUCAUUGCGUGUCUCGUGGCCCGUCAAUAUACGGGUCCUAGUUAUCAGUCACUCCAGGAUAUCGACAUUGUUCUGCCUAUCGGUACAGCCAUGGAACUAGUUUGCUACGUUGGACUGCUCAAAGUGGCCGAACAGAUAAAAAACCCUUUUGGCGAUUCUGAUGAAGACUUUGACCUCAACUUUCUCAUCACCCGACAUCUUCGAACGGUUCAUCUAGGACUGGGUUACGUGGACGUGACUUGUCCAUCAUUGACGGCCGCUAAUUCCGGACAAGCGGCAUCCAAUGGAGCCGAUGACAUUUUACAGUUGAUACCUGGCCAGUUGCUGCAAAACGAACAGCACGCAUCGAAACUUAUGAAUCACUGAUGACGCUACUAGACUGCACAAGAGUCAUACAUCAACUGUCAUAGACACAAUUACAGACGUUGGCGUGAACACCUGCAAUCAAAUGCAUUUCCGCCUAUUGCAAAGUUGCCGAAAGAAACUGU